AUGACAACUUAUACUUUUUUCCACUACCCUACUUUUUCAGGUAAACGAGACAAGUGGAAAGGCGCCAAAAAGGCUGGCAAAGCCCAGAAGAAUAUUACCAAGAAUGAUAAGAAGAAGAAGCGUAAGAGGAAGGAAAGCUACGCCAUCUACAUUUACAAAGUGCUAAAGCAGGUCCAUCCUGACACUGGAAUCUCGUCAAAGGCCAUGAGCAUCAUGAAUAGCUUUGUGAACGACAUUUUUGAGCGUAUUGCUGCUGAAGCCUCUCGUUUGCCCACUACAACAAAAACGUUCUACGAUUACCAGUCGGAAAUCCAAACUGCAGUCCGUCUUCUGUUGCCCGGAGAGUUGGCCAAGCACGCU